UCCCCAUAUUACUUUGGAGCCAAACGCCUAGAAAACGUUGUGCAUGUCUGAAUGACUGCAACUCUGACACUAUGUCCGAAGAUAUACCAGAAAAACUUAUAACUUCUGUUGACUGUAAACAAGGCGCAGUGAGAGCCGUUCGUUUUAACGCUGAUGGCAAUUAUUGCCUAACGUGUGGCAGCAACAAGACAGUCAAGUUGUGGAACCCUCACACAGGGGUUGUCUUGAAAACCUACAUUGGACACGGCUAUGAGGUGUUAGAUGCUCAAAGUUCUUCAGACAACAGCCAAAUCUGCUCUGGUGGAAUGGACAAGACUGUAGUGGUCUUUGAUGUUUCCACUGGCCAUGCAGUGAGGAAGUACCGAGGUCAUGCAGGAACAGUCAACUGUGUGAAGUUCAAUGAGGAAUCAACAGUUGUAUUGUCUGGAUCUUUGGACAGCACUGUAAAAGCCUGGGAUUGUCGUACAAGGAAAAACACACCAAUUCAGGUGAUGGAUGAGGCAAAGGACAGUGUGACGUCCAUCCAGGUCUCGGACCACGAGAUACUCACUGGCUCAGCUGAUGGACGUAUUAGAAGAUACGAUCUCAGGAACGGAAAACUCUUCUCUGAUUACAUUGGGACCUCUGUUACGAGUGUGACGUUCACCCGAGACAGUCAAUGCACACUGACCAGCACCCUGGACAACAAGCUCCGUCUACUGGACAAGGAUACAGGGGAGCUCCUAAAUGAAUAUGAAGGCCACAAGAACAAGGAGUACAAGAUAGACAGCUGUCUCAACUGGAAGGAUACCCACAUCGUCAGCGGCUCAGAGGACAGCUUCAUCUACGUCUGGGAUCUCAUUGAUGCCAAGUUAUUGCAUAAGUUGGACCACAGCACAACCCGUGCCGUCCAUUCUCUCUCCUUCCACCCCACAGAGGCUUGUCUUAUCUCAGCAUCUGGGGAUAAACUAUUUGUAUGGAAGAACAGAUAUGCCGCCUCUCAAAGCUGAUCUCACAAACAAAUGCAGCUCCUUCAAGUGAUGACUUAUAUGGAAGACCAGUUGUACAUUGAAACAUGACUGUCAAGAGAUGACUUGUGGAAGGCCACUUAUGCCUUCUCCCAGAGACUGAUACACUGAAUGUAUGGAAUAUCAAACAUGUAUCUUCCUCGGGCUGUUCACAGAGACUGAUGCACUAUGUAUGGAAGACCAAACAUGUAUCCACCUAGGGAUGUUCACAGAGACUGAUGCACUAUGUAUGGAAGACCAAACAUGUAUCUUCCUAGGGAUGUUCACAGAGACUGAUGCACUAUGUAUGGAAGACCAAACAUGUAUCUUCCUAGGGCUGUUCACAGAGACUGAUACACUAUGUGUGGAAGAUCAAACAUGUAUCUUCCUAGGGCUGUUCACAGAGACUGAUGCACUAUGUAUGGAAGACCAAACAUGUAUCCACCUAGGGAUGUUCACACUGUAUGUAUUGAAGACCAAACAUGACACUCCAUAGGGCAGUUCACAGAGUUGGGUGCAUGGGUAGUCCUUUCUAAUGUGCCGUUAAACUCUACGCAGAGUUUUGUCUCCUAGGAGUGCCAGAAUUAUAUGAUCAUGGGUUUGAAUCCCAGAAUUGCCCUGAUUAUGUUUCUAGGUUUGCCUGCACCAUAACCUUCCUUUUCCUGUGAAGAUCUGGAUAGAAUUGGUCCUCAGCAACCCAUGCUUGUCGUAAGAGGUGACUAACAGGAUUGGAUGGUCAGGCUUGCUGACUUGGUUGAUGCAUGUCAUUGUAUCCCAAUUGUGUAGA